CUGUCAGAUCCACGUACAGGCCAGCUCUCCCUUACUCAGCCGUCGCCUCCGGACGAGCUGGCUGGCGCAGGUGACAUCUCGGAACGACAAGGGACGAAGUUGAAUCUGAUAGCUACAUGGAGGCAGAAGAGGUCUAAUUUGUUGGAAAUUCUGUCUGAGAAAUGUGUUGGUUCUUGGCGCUCUCGAGGAUAUUAUGACAAGGGUCUAGAGCUAGAUAGACAGGGACCCCUUCGGAUGCAUGGAGGGAGGAUGGUCUUACGGACCACACGCAGUACGAGGGUAGACUGCGCCGCAGGUCAGAGAAAAUGUAAGGCACUCAAUGAAUCAUUGUUUACACAGAGGUAG